AUGACGUCAUUCAAAAACGCUCUGUGGAUGGCACGCUCUCUGAUUGGUUUAUCGCGCCAUUAGGGGGCGGAGCUUCAGCGAAGACUUGACAUUUGAAAUCUGAACAGACUAUACCUGCGUUAAACGCUCCUAUUCAUAUGGUUUUUUGCUACUGAGCUUUCGAAAUAAAAUGCCUAUCGACUUAUAGAAAUGUCGGCCCAACAGCAACCAGUCAACCCUAAGCCUUUCCUCAACAGCCUCACCGGAAAGAAUGUUGUUUGCAAAUUAAAGUGGGGAAUGGAGUACAAAGGUGAAUUACAAAAUUUUUACAAAAUCAAAAUUUUUUCUUUUUACAAAAUCAAAAUUUUUUCUACUUUCCCGUUUAAGGUGUUCUUGUUGCGGUCGAUUCUUAUAUGAAUCUUCAACUAGCUAAUGCUGAUGAAUACAUCGAUGGGAACAACACCGGUAAUCUUGGCGAAAUUCUCAUCAGGUACAUCAACAUAUUGAUUUCAACUUUAAAAUGUUUUUGAAGAUGCAAUAACGUGUUAUACAUCGGCGGUCUCGACGCCGAAGCGGAAUCUUCUGCCUAA